CACUGUUGAAAACAAAAAAUAUACACAACUUAUACAAUCCGAGACAAAAACGGGGCAAAGGAGGCGUGUCUAGAAGAGCGGAGGACGCGGAGGUGACCCCAAGUCAUGGCCAUGCUGACGCGAUUGACCAGCAGCGGCACCACCACGGUGGCCGGAGCACCCGGUUCACCCAAGGGCCUGCAGCGUUUCCAAAACUACAUCUCGGCCUUCUUGUGGCCGGGAACGCAGCGGCAACGUCGGAAGUCCACACAUCUCGAUCCCAUGGACUGUUUCACCAACGACUUGGUGACCAGAAAGACCCAAAAGUGGGAGGAGCUGCGCGAUAGCCUGAUAAAGAGGCCAUCGUCCGGAAAUCUGGAGGCGGACGCCAAUUGCAAUGUGGGAACGCAGCGAAAGGCUGGUAGUACCAGCUUUAGCCAGAACGUGGGUCUUAUGUCCAAGGGCAUGAUGAGUGAUCUGAAGGCGCUGCGCUCCCCCCAACUGGGACUGGAUAUCAGAUCCCUGUCGCAGGCGCAGCUGGACAACCUGCUGAUGGCCACGUUGGAGAUCAAGAACAAGCUGGACUUUCUCUACCUGAUACGUCAGUGCAUCCGCUGCAACCUGUUGCCCUCCAACGAGGUCUUCGUGUCCUGUCUAAAGUAUUUGAGCGCGCAGCGCAAGCUCCAGCAGUUGGAGGCACUGGCGGAGACCUGUCGGCAGCUGGAGCACCCGUUCUCACAGACCUACGCGGAUCUGGCGCCCUUCCGCGCCAUCGCCCUGUGGAACAAUGGUAACGCCGACGUGGCCCUGAUGACGCUACAUCGCGGUUACGGGGUAAGCAUGACUUCGGAGGAGGGCAGGCGGAUGGCGCGCUCCGCAUUCCGCACCAUUUCCGAGGAGACUCUGGCCCAGAAGAGUGAGGCGGUGCUAGUGUCGCUGCUGGAGGUAGCGCGUGCCAUUCACCGCGAGCACAAGGACAUCUUUGUGGUGGCCUGUGUGUGGAAGCAAUGCUUCGCUAGCGAUUGGUUUUGCGAUCAAAAAUCGGCUUCGGAACUGUUUGAGCACUACAAGGAGCUGCAAGAGCUAGUGGAGAGGAGAGCCAGUUCUUUGUGCUCUUCAUUUCUGGCCCGUAACAAUGUUGAUGCGGUGCAUCGGCUAAUCGAGGCGUUCUUGCAGCACCAGCAGCGUUUGGCCUGCUCCAGCUGCCUCAGCUUGCUCUUUAACUAUCAAUAUAUGCGCAAGGAUCUGCGAGCCUGCGCUGAGAUUGUCAAAUCCUGCAGUGAAUUAGAGAUGCCGCUAAAUGAGCUGCAGAACGAACAGUUCCUCAGUCUGUUCCUCGACCAGAGCGAUCCUGUGGACUCUUCGGGAAUGGCCAGCAAGUACAAGGCACCCAAGUCCUUCCAGUACAAGUUCUAGUCCCCAGUUUCCAUCGUUAAGCCGUUGUCAUCGUAGUUACAGCACAAGUGUUUGCACCAUUGAGCAAUAUUGCAAGCAUCCCCAUAUUGCAAGCCCCCACAAGGAAUGUAGUGUCUCUUCAAUAAAUGUUAUUUAAUAUC